GUGCAGCUAGAACACGCACAUUGAAACAUUUCAGGCAAAAAGCCGAACAUAAGCCAAAGCGACAUGGGAGUGCAGCUAGAACACAGACGUCUUUACUCUUCCGGACAAAAGGGGGAGCCGGAAGCUCCCAUUAGGAGUCCCUUCCUCACCGGAAGUGAUGGCUAGAAGCCAGGCAACCGUCACCUCUAUGGGACAAAAGCAAAUGGCGUCUCGUGUAUCACGUGUUAGAUGAGGGGCGUGGCCUUUACCUGCUUCCGGCGGAACCAUUGAGCUGAUGAGAUAAGUCUCCAGCGGAAGAAGGGGGAACUUUCGUUUCGGGAAGUAUCUGGGGAAUGGUUUCGGGGACGGACCGCUCUCGGGCCCUGAUGCGGCGGGGAAGGUCGGAAUCAUGGCGGCGCUGGAGGACGUGGAGUCUCUGCCCCGAGGAGGCUUUCGCUGCCGCCUCUGCCACGUGCCCGUCGCCAACAAGCCCAGCCUGGAGGACCACCUGCGUGGGAAGAAACACCAGCGCCUGGAGAACCUCCGCACCGCCCGCCAAGCCCAGGAGCAACGCAGUCUCUUUGUCAGUGGCUUCCGCAAGGGCACGCCGGCCUCGGAGCUGAGCGACUACUUCCAGGCCUACGGAGAGGUGGUCAACGUGGUGAUGGACAAAGAGAAGGGGGUCUAUGCGAUUGUGGAGCUGAAGGACAGAGAGGUGCUGGAGAAGGUGUUGGCAGAGCCCCAGCAUAGCCUGGGGGGUGUGAAACUCCGUGUCAAGCCUCGGGAGAAGAAGGAUUUCAAAUACACGCCCCCCAGGAAGCAGGGCUCGGCCAAGCGGGAGCAGCUGAGCCCUGAGAAGUUGGCGCAGGAGCUGUGCCAAGCUACAGAUGUCGAUGCCCAGAUGUCUUUGGUGGUGCAGCUCUUUGAGUUUUCCGAGGGCGAGCGGCGCCUGCGGGACCUGCUGGUCGCUCUCUUCCAGGAGGUCUUCCUGGAGUUCUUCCCAGGUGCUGCCAUUCUCCCCUUUGGCUCCUCGGUGAAUGGCUUUGAUGUCUCGGGUUGCGACCUGGAUUUGUUCCUGGACCUUGAGAAGACGAAGAACUUCCAGGCGUCUGCCAAGGGCUGCGGUGAGCCUCAGGCAGAGGGUGGAGCCAGUCCUGAACCGGACGCGCGUUCAGAGGAUUCGAUCCUGAGUGAUAUUGACCUGGCCUCCGCCGCGGUGCCUGAGAUCCUCGAGCUAGUGGCCACGGUGCUGCGGAAGUGCAUCCCCGGUGUCCACAACGUCCAGGUUGUGCCCAAAGCCCGCCGCCCAGUGGUCAAGUUCUGCCACAAGGAGUCUGGCCUAAGGGGUGACAUCUCCAUCGACAACAAGCUGGCCCUCUGCAACACGCGCUUCUUGCAGCUCUGCAUGGAGGCGGAUGAGCGGGUGAGGCCCUUGGUCUACGCAGUCCGCUACUGGGCCAAGCAGCAAGUGCUGGCAGGGAACCCUUUUGGCGGCGGCCCCCUCCUCAAUAACUACGCCUUGAGCUUGCUGGUGCUCUUCUUCUUGCAGACACGCACGCCUCCCGUCUUGCCCACCGUUGCCCACCUGAGGGCGCUGUCAGAAGACGGGGAGCAGACCGUGGUGGACGGCUGGGACUGCAGCUUCCCCAAGGACUCUGCCCGAUGGGAGUCCAGCGGGAACACGGAAAGCCUUUGCUCCCUCUUGGCAGGAUUCUUCCAGGUCUUUGGGGACUACGACUUUGCAGGCAGCGUGAUAUCGCUGCGGGAGGGCCGGCCGCUGACUCUGCCCAGCUUCCUGGCGUCCGAGGCGGGCAGCAGACUCAAGCUGGGGCCCUUCAACCUCCAGGACCCCUUUGAGCUGGACCACAACGUGGCUGCCAAUGUCAACGAGAAGACGGCCCUGCGGUUCCAGCGCUGCUGCCAGAACGCCGCCAAGUACUGCCGCAGCCUGCAGUACCAGCGCAAGUCCAGCAAGGGCAGGGCCUGGGGGCUGGUGCGGCUCUUCCAGCCGGGAGCGCCCGAGGCGGAGGCCCCCGCUGCUGCGGACAGCUUCGUCAUUGGCCUGCCCCUGCCGCCUGCCCAGGCCCACCAGCCGCCGUGCCAGGCAGAGGGGGCCCACCAGCUCUCCUUCCGCAAGGCCUGCGCUAGCAUCGCUGCCAUCUUUCAGGAGGUGCUGAAAUGCAGCUGCUCAGAGACGCCACCGGGGCUGGAGGAGGAGGAGCAGCAGCAGCAGCAGGUCGAGGCUGGCCUGCCGGCAGCAGGGGCCAAGCGCUCCCUGGACACGGAGGAAGGGAGCUCAGGCUCGCCUCCGGCCAAAAGACUGCGGGCGGAUGCUGUCGCUCCCGCGCAGGAAGGCAUGGCUUGGCAGUGGGCUGUCUGGCACCACGUGUGGCUGGGCCGCCGCCGGGUCAGGCGCCAGCUGCAUGGGCUGCAGCAAACGAUGGAUGCCUUGGAACUGGAGGCGACCGUAUCCGAGGCCAUUUCCCAGCAGGAAGGGGAGGCGAGGCCCGGCAGCCCCCUCUUGCAGUUCACGCUCUGUGCCCAGAUGGGAGACGGCGCUUCCAGCGGGCAGGAGCCCCGCCUCAGCCUGUGCUUCACCCCGGCCCCUGAGCAGGCUGCCGCCUUCCAAGAGUUCUUUCACUUCCUGCAAGGUUUCCUGCCCCGACUGGUGAGGCAGCACCUGGCUAGCAAGGCCUGACUCCCUGGACAAGCUGGGCCGGCCCUCUGCUGCGUGUCACAGAGCUGUCUAGCUCUCUUGAUGUGCUGCUGCUGAGACGCGAAGGAGUUCUCUUGCGGGGAGGGGGCCCUGAGACUCUCCCCCCCGCCCCCCCUUCAGCUCCAGGUUAUUGCCUGGAGCUAUUUGUGCAUUUGACGCCUCAGAGACGCUCUCUGUGUGGCCUUUCCCCAGCUGCUAAGAAAUGGCGGCAGUGUUGCCGGUGGCCAACCAUGUGCGAGGGUGGACUUGCAGGCGGAGGUGGCGGUGGUGGUGGUGAUGGCCCCGGCUAGCAUCUGGGAUUCAGAGGUAUAUUAUCUCUGUCCGUGUGGGUUCCGUUCAGCUGCCAUGCUGAAUAAUUAGCGGUGCACCCAGGAGUUGGUCCAGUUCGGUUUUUCAAACAUGUCGUUUUAAGUUCAUUGGGGGUUUACAGCAGGCCCCAGAAGGUAGCUGUGUCGGCAGAAGGGGUGCCUCUUGCUCAUCCUGGCUGAAACCUCUGCCCGUGACCCUGAUUGUUGUGUGGCAUUCUGCCUCUUUUCAGCCCCGUCCAUCUCCACAACUGAGUUUCUAAACCUUCAGGUGGUGCCUAUGUAUUGCCAAGUGUUUUGUUGGCCAUGAGGGUUAGAAACUUGAACUUACUACUUCUUCUGGAAUAAAAAUAGAAGCUGAAAUU